AUGGUACGGCUGCGCAUGGGCGAAAAAGCCUCUCGUUUCACUCUUUUGGCCCUAUUUUCGAGCAUGUUAGUGGCCAAUUUGUAUGUGAUGGGAAGAGCCAUCUCAGGAAAUCCAAUCCGAAUUGAAGGUUUUGAAACAAAAGAAGAGGGAAGAAAGACAUUUGAAAAACUCUAUCAAAUCGACAGCUAUGAAAAAGUGAAGCAAGAAUUUAUGGACUCUGUAAACUCAUCUCCCAAAUCACAUGUUAAAGAUGAAUCUACGAAAAGAAAGACAACAAAUACUGCAGAACGGAAUCAAAACACAAAACCACCUGUAGAGGACGAAGAGUCUUUCUACAUCAAGAUUAAGAAAUAG